AUGGGCCGCCUGCUGAAGGGUACCGCAGCGCAAGAGAUAGAUGCUGUUGGCAUGUUUAUAACGCCUGGGUUUGUUGAUGUUCAUACACACUAUGAUGGCCAGGCAACGUGGGAUACGCAUCUGAAUCCAUCGUCAAGCCUGGGCACGACUACCGUUGUGAUGGGUAACUGCGGCGUUGGUUUUGCGCCCUGUCGUUCUGAAGAUCGCGAAGUCCUGGUUAAAUUGAUGGAGGGUGUAGAAGAAAUACCCGAGUCUGCGAUGCAUGAAGGCUUGCCCUGGACGUGGGAGACGUUCCCCGAAUUCCUCGAUUGCAUCGAAAGUCGUCCCCACGAUAUUGAUCUGGCUGCGCUGGUACCACACGGUCCGCUUCGAGUUUAUGUCAUGGGCGAACGAGGCGUUAAUCGAGAAACUGCAACAGAAGAUGACAUCGCCAAAAUGAAAGCGCUUCUGGCAGAAAGUGUUGCCGCCGGUGGCCUGGGGUUUUCAACCUCGCGAACACUUGUGCAUCGCUCCAGUACCGGUGCCUACGUGCCAACCUACCAGGCCGUUAGUAGCGAACUUAAACAAAUCGCACAGGCAUUAUCUGGCGAUAGCGGGCACGUCUUCCAGUUCAUCGCCGACUGGGAAGAUGCCGAAGACGAAUUCAGUAUCCUCAGGGACACUUCUGCCAGCACCGGGGCAAAAGGCACGUUUACACUGCUGGAUAUUAACGGCAGACCAGACCUGUGGCGCGACCACCUCAAUCGCAUUGAGGCUGCACAGGCCGACGGCCUCGAUAUUCGCGGCCAGGUACUUUCAAGACCAGUGGGCAUCAUGAUGGGGCAUCCGGCUUCGAUGAGCCCAUUUUAUGAUCGACCCAGUUUUAAAGCGCUGAACUCGUUGCCCUGGAAUGAAAAAAUAGCGGCAUUACAUGAGCCCGAAACGAAGGCAAAAAUACUUCACGAGUUGAAUGAAAACCCACACAUUUUUGUAAAGCUUGUCAGCAACAACUACAAGAACAUGUACGUCCUUGACGACCCCAUUGAGUACUUGCCUGGCCCAGAACGUUGCAUCGCUAAUCUGGCUGCCGCGGAAAAUAGAGAUGCCGAAGAAUGGCUAUACGACUACUUUUUGACUGAUAACGGCAACGCGCUUAUUUAUAUUCCCGGUGCCAACCUCUCGGGCAAUAUACCUGAAAUGUUAGCCCACCCUAACACGGUGGUCGCGUUAGGUGAUGGUGGCGCGCAUGUCGGAUCCAUUUGCGACGCCAGUGCCAACCUUUAUCUGUUGAGUAAAUGGGUAAAAGAGCAGGGGCGCUUCAGUUUGGAACAGGGCAUCCACAUGUUAACGCGGCAGCCGGCAGAGCUAUAUUCUCUGAAUGACCGUGGCGUGCUGGCGCAGGGCAUGAAGGCCGACAUCAACAUCAUUGAUAUUAAACACCUUAAGUUGCACACACCGCACAUCGUUUACGACUUGCCUGCGGGUGGCAAACGUUUCCUGCAACGCGCUGACGGCAUUAAAUCAACAAUCGUGUCGGGUGAGGUCAUAUACCAGGAUGGUGUGGCGACCGGUGCGUUGCCCGGAAAACUGAUCCGAGGUCAGCAAGUAGACCCACGGACCUGA